UGUUUUGACACAUUGAUUUGACAGGUCGUAAUUCGGAAGCAUUUCGGUUUUACAGUUUAACAAAUACAAAUCACGUCUAAACAGAAAGUUGAUUGGUAAUGUAAAUAAAAGCGCAAAAAUAGCACAGCAAUAAUGCUGCCAGAAAGUGGUUCGAUGUAAAAGCCAAAAUUUAUGUGAAAAUCUUCAGUGAAUCAUUUCUAUAUAAACCACAUUAGUCAUUUGGGGUGUGUUCAUUUGCAUUUAUUGUUGUUAACCUCAAUCAUAGGUAUGUCGUAUUUCAUCGACCAAACAUAUCAGAGAUCACCACUGCAUAUCGGGUAGCAAAUUUGACAUGUAAUAUGCUGAUUGAAGACAUUUUCUACAAACAGUGUUUUAUUGACCCAGAAAGCGAGCAUAAUGAUAAGAACUGGAUUGUUUCUAAUGCUUUUAAGUGCAGGGUUGGGUAUGAAUGAGAGAUUUAAGGGUUGUUAUAGAAAUAGCCAUUCGACACAGACAUACCGGCUACCUCAACAUGCCACAGUUGAUCAGUGCAUUAGUGAAUGCUACUCAAAAUACUACAAAUAUGCGUUAUUGGAUGACAGGGGUUUGUGUUCUUGUGAUAACUAUCUAGGAGUGGAAAUAAACAGUACAUUACUCUGCAAUGAGUUCUGCUCAUACUGUGAAUUAAAACCAAACCUAACAGAUGUGUAUGUCACAGGAAACUUAGUUCCUGGACCGCCUGAGGAUGUCCAUCUUAGGAACAUCACAGAUAAAAGUGUGCACAUAUCAUGGAAACAACCCAAAUCUUUCACCGAAAUUAGCGGUUACUUAAUAAAAGCAGUCGUUAAUCACACUUACGCGAAUUAUAUUGCUAACAGUCCAGAAUGGACAUACACUAACGACACUUUUCGUACUCAGAUCAUUCUUUUGCCUGCAACUAAAUAUAAUGUUACUUUACGUGCAGUGUCCCCUGAUGGUCCUGGAGCUCAAUUUUUUCAGAUAAUUGAGACAAAAGUCGGUGAGCCGGAAAAUCACCCCGAGUCUCCCAAAGUAAUAAAAAAAGAAGGUACCACCGUAGAAGUGAAACUAAUGGAAACUCCAAACAGCAACGGACCAAUUACGUCGUAUUUAGUUGUCGUUAUGAACGAAGACAGUCAACAAAUUUUUCAAGAAGAACUGUUGAAGUCGUACGACGAAGCCAAAAGAGAAGGUAUAGAUUACUACAUAGCAGCAAAACUAAACCCGGAGAACAUCCGGAAAAAUUUUAGAGUCGGGGACGGUAGAUAUUACAACGGAUUUUACAAUGCGCCUUUGGAAUCAAAUGUGUCUUAUAAAAUUAUAGCAGGGAUUGUUAGUACGCUAAAUGGAGAAACCAAAAGAGCCUUUAGUAGUGUCGAGAAUCACGUUAGAGAGGUACAUGACGAGUACGGCAAUCAAGUAGAAGUCAGCGGCGACUCGCCAGCUGUUAUCAUAGGGCUAUCAAUUGCCAUUGGUUUGCUCAGUUUUAUGCUCAUCGCGGGAAUAAUCGGGUUCAUACUUUUAAAAAGUCGGGUUACAAAUAGACGUCAUCGGUUAUCGGAAAAUCAGGAGUUGACCCUCCAAGGACCGAUGAUAGAAGUGGAAAACAAUGGGUAUAUACCAGAGGAAGAACACACAAAAGCGAAUCAUUACAGAAACUUAAAACAAAGGCUGAGAACAAUACCUUACAACCAGUUAAAAAUAGAACCGACGAAUUUAUUAGGAGUAGGAAGAUUCGGAAGAGUUAACAGUGGCUCAAUCUAUGAAAACGAUACUUUAGUACCAGUGGCAGCUUACAGCGUCCCGGAUAAAAAAUUAUCCCCGGAAGACAAAAAAAACAUGCUUCGUGAUUUAGAUUUGUUGGUUAAAACAGGAAAACACGAAAACGUUAUUGCCUUAAUUGGAACUUGUGAGACUACUCAGAUGGUUGUGGUUGUUUUAGAAUAUGUAUCUAUGAAUCUCAAAGACUUACUAUUAGGGAGCAGGGACUCGCUACCUGGUAAAUUUAGCAAUAUGUCAGAAUCUCAAGCUUUAGGUAUUGGCACAAACAUAGCAAAAGGCAUGGCUCAUCUCGAAUCAAAUAAGAUCGUCCAUAAGCAGCUGUGCGCGCGCAACGUUCUAAUAGCCAAUGGCUUCGUUCCAAAAAUAAGCGGCUAUGGACUGGCUCAGUAUUACAGUCAUAACAAUUUACCUGAUUAUACUCGUUGGACGGCACUGGAGGUAUUCAAAGGGCAACCGCACAAUUCAAAAAGUGACGUUUGGUCGUUUGCUUGUCUUUUAUGGGAGAUCUGUGUUUUAGGGGGGACCCCCUAUGGCAACUUUUCCAAUAACGAAAUCCCCGACCGAAUUCUAAAAGGGUUGCGCUUACCUCAAAUGCAAUAUCUCAGUGAUGAGCUUUACCAAAUAAUGCUCGAUUGUUGGCAGAUUGAUAUGGACGAAAGACCCACUUUCAGCGUGUUGUUUGAAUCUCUUCAAAAAGUUCAAGAAAAUUCACUUCUUCCAUGUUUAAGUUUUAACUUGUUCCCAAAUUUCCAGUAUGAACAAUUUUAUCCCGACAUGGAAAUUGCUGUGAGACCUGUACUUUAAUUUGCUUUCCGUACUUUUUAUUUUUUUAUUGUUUUAUUUUUUUAUGAUUUGUGAACAUGUGCAUUCCAUUUUAUUAUGUAUUUUAUAAUUGAGGACGUGUGUUGUAUGUUUUUAAGGUAUUUUUAUAUGUUAAUAAAUUUUUUUACACA